AUGGAUGGCUUGACACUAUGGGAUGAUAUUCGUGCAAAUACAGUCUCUGUAUUUGAGCGAUGGUUAGAUGAUUCGAGAAAGGGGAAAGGAAAGGAUAAGGGUGGAAACAAGAAAACGCUGGGCGGGAGAAUCGAGAUGAUACCAAAGAAGCGUGAAUCAGUUAGGAUAACUGUUUUCAAUGAGGAAAUUGAUGUGAGAGAGAACUUGGGUGGUGAUUUAUUGCAUUUCAGACCUCAAUAA